AUGCCAGUCUUAAACAGGUCUCUGUACUACUACUACAACAUAAUAAUAAUACUUUUUACCGUUACCUAUUGUACAAGUGAUCAUCUUUCAUUUCUAGGCAACUGCCAAAGUCACUCAGAUGAUUACUGUGAAUCUCAUAUACGGAACAGUAUUUGUAAUAAGAUUAAAAAUGAAUGCUUUUGUCGGCUAGGCUUUGUGGCAAUCAGAGAAAAUAAUGAAAUCGUCUGUCGACCACUUCUAACUGAUCUUCCAUGCCGAGUCGAUUCAGACUGCGUACAUGUGGAUUUAAGUGUAUGUCAUCCUGGAGCUGGAAGAUGUAUAUGUCCUGGAAAUACAGUUUAUGUUACACAUUUACAUGCUUGCAGAACCAAGUUGUUUCAUCAAAAUUACGAUGCUUGCAGAAUGUGUGAUACAAAUCAUGUGUGUCAUGAAAUAAUGUCGAAAGAUCUAGACCGUGUAAAAGAUUUGAAAGUUAUAAUAAUAAAACUGGAUGGUACUUUGAAUAGUUCAAACGAACCUGCUUUUGUUGGGUGUACUUGUGAAUUUAACCCCAUUUCUACUCCAACGAUAAUACCAACUGGUUCUCAAGUCCCAGGGAAAAAUCAUUUAUGUUCUGUGAAUUUGCCUGAUAUUGGCGAAGUUUGUGAUCCUUCAUAUUUAGUGUGCAGAUCACGUUCCGCUCAAUGUGUUUCAGGUGAUUUACCCAACAUAAAGGUUUGCACUUGUCCUGAAAACACAGUUGCGGUUUACCAAACAUUUUUAAACUAUUUUGAAUGUUUUCCUGUCGUAGAUAAAUCAAUUUCUCACCUAACAAAUACAAAAAGUGUUGUAAGUGAUGAUUGUGAACCUUGUCAGAAAAUUAAUGGAACAUGUUAUGAUCAGAAUAACGAUGGUAUACCAGAUGGAUGCCGAUGUCCACCUGGUAGGUCGUUUAUUCAUAAAGGUGAUCGACAUGAAAACUCACGAAACAUAGCUGAUUCAAUGAAUCUUAUUCAGUACAAGGAUAAGUUAAAGUUUCCUUGUAAAUUGAAACAUACUGAAACAAAAUGUGAUGAGAAAAAACUCACAGUCUGUUAUUUGCCUCACUCUUCUGGAAGAUUUCAAACACUACCUUACUACCUUCAACUAAAUAUGGUUGACGUUUCACUUGUGCAGUCAAUGUAUAGAGAAUCAUUUGAUCGUGGGCAGUCUUGUUCAUUAAGCUCACAAUUAAACCAAAUAUCAAAUACCUUGGAUGCUAAAAAAAUAUAUCCAUCAAAAGACAAAUGGUACUGCAUUACAUUGUUCAAUGAUCAAUUAUUAAUGAACACUUGCAAAGUUAAAUUAAAUGUUGACUCAACUUGUAAUGAACUUACUAACACACAAAAUCUUCAAUAUUCCGGAAGUGUAUACAUUCGCCAAAAGAAUCAAAUCUACCCGGAUGACAAAGCAAUACUUGAAAUACCAUGGAAGUGUACGGCUAAAAGAAUAUGUAAUUUGAAACCCAAACCAAUCAAUAAGAUAACAAAUCAACAAGUUGAAAAUAAUUUGGGACAACUGUAUGUUAUGAAUAAGAACAAUGAGAUCACUACUGAGACUGGUGAAGGGGAAUCGGUGUAUUUAGAGCUUAUAUCUAAGUAUGAAAAGUUUGUCAUAAGCACAAAAAUGUGCGCAGUAGCCAGCCUGAAAUUUCCAGAGAGCUUCAAUUCUGAGUCAAUUAUUGACAUCCAUUUAUGUCAAGCAUUUUACCAAUUCAAAUAUUAUGGCACAGUUAAUUCGUAUCAUAAUCAAACAAUAUUUAUUAGUGAUAUCCCUACCCGCAUUCAGAACAACAAUACGUCAUUUUAUCGACAAAGUGAGAUAUUUCAAGCUGACCGACUUAUCCCCCAACAAAAUACUGUAUAUUAUAUUUGUCAUGUUCCUCCAUUGAACGCAUCAAUGGAAUAUCGCGUCGACAGUAGCACGAUACAAGAUUGGUGUGGUAUAUCAAACAAGCGAAUAAAGUUAUCACCAGCCGAUCAUUUAUUUAUUACGAAACUGACCAUAAGAAAUUCAAGUUCAUCUCAUCACAGAUUGUGGUUUUCAAGAAAACGAUUACAAAGGAUUGAAUUAUUCUCUGGAGGUUCCCGAUUCUCACUUGUUCUGCUGCUGUUUCAGACCCUAUUUUAA